AUGGCCCCAGGCAAGCGCCCUUUUUCGGUGGGGAAACCCACCAAGAUUGUUGACAUCAACUGUCUUCACGUUUCGUGCUCCCAACCCAAUGAGUUUCUUUUGCGUGAGCUUGCGAAGCAGCACGGUCUCCGACUGACCGGUGUCCUGCAGCCUUGUGGUGGAUGUCUGCAGGCGAAGGGGAAGAAGGCGGGCGUGCCUCACCAAUCGAGCACGCGCGCGGAGCGGCCGCACAUGCUUUGGCAUAUCGAUCUGUGUGGGCCGAUGACAGCUUCGCUGGGGGGGUCGUUUUUCAUGAUAACGUUCGUGGAAAGCUUCUCGCGGUGGAUGAAGCUGUACGGGAUGAGGCGCAAGUCGGACACCCUCGACUUCGUCAAGAAGUUCCUCGCCGACGUGAGUGGCACCGGUGUCCCUCGCUCUUUCCGGAUGGACAACGUGGGGGAGUUCGUCAGCCGCGACUUCAUCGCCUUCUGCGACAACGCCGGCAUCCGCCGUACGUACACGGCGCCGGGUACCCCGCAGCAGAUUGGUCCGGCGGAGAGUGCGAUCUGGCGCGUGAACAAGGCCGGCCACGCCGCUCGUCUCGAGGCACGCCGCCUGUUCCCCAAGAUCGACUUCACCCGCGUCCCCGGCUUCGGACGCGAUGGCGAGCAACUUUUGCUUGAGUCGUGUCACUGGGCUGCCGGCGGCGUCGACCGUUCUCCGACCAAGGCAAACAUCGGGUGCAAGUCGCCGCACGAGCUCUUCACCGGUCGCCCGCCCUCGCUCCAGAUCGUCCCGUUCUUACAGUCGGGGUACAUGUGUGUGAUGCGCGCGCGGAAGGUGGAUCCCUAG